CAUUACUGCCUGGUUGACGGCGUCUUGAUGCUCAUUCUUUCACUUAGUAAGUAUUACAAUGUUCUCCGAAUCGCGUCCCCUCGACGCUAAUGACGGCAGUGGCAUUUAUUGAACAGAACCCCACCCACUCCAAAGGAGACAUUUCACGGCCCUACUCAGUAUCGCAAGUCCCGUGUCAAGCACGUUGUUAUGAAUGAAUAUCAUGCCCUUCUGGGCUCCUCGGACCACUUGCCUACUCCCUCAUCUACCGGUUUGAAAUUGAGCUUCCACGGUCACUGUAGGCCGUGCUCUAGGCUAGCCCUGACAAGAGACGCCGCGUACAGAAAGCAUACUACAUUAUAUCCGAGCCUUGAGACUGGGAAAAACUUCCGACGUUUCGGCUACUCUUCUUCCUCCUUUCCACCACCACGCCCCAUGAGCUCAGUUUUGCAGCACAUCUGUUCCAAGUUGGUGGCCUGCGACGGCCCGAAUGAUCAGCCGCCGACGCCAAAGCGUGUCCGCAUCCGGGGAAUCGUUUGGCGGGAUCGAGGACAGAUGGUCGUAGAGCUGCAGGGUCUGCGUGCGUGUCUUGCACACGCAGGGAGCGGGGGUCUGAGAGCCGCGACCCUCGCAUAUGCGAUACGUGUCGCGUUCAACAUGUUUCUGGCUCUCAACAAGCUCCGUCGAUUGCGCAAAUCUCACCAACGAGUCCUUCUGAUCCGGCAUGUUAUCUUCGGCGAAGACUCGUUUCGCUUCGCGGCGCUCUUCGGCACCUUCGUUGGCUUGUACAAGUUGAUCAUAAACGCUUUGCCCAUCGUCUUUCCCUCGCGAUCGCCUUCGACGAGUCCCGAGAGUGUAUAUACCAGAAAACAUACCCGCCGAUGGCAUUCUGCAUUGGCCGGAGCUGUGUCCGGUGGACUAGCCAUUCUCUGCGAAAGUAAGAGCCGGAGGACGGUGAUCGCUCAACAACUGUUUGCUCGCGGUUUGCAGGGAAGUUAUAACACCAUGUCAGAUCGAUAUGGAUUCAGGGUUCCGCAUGGCGCUGCGAUUGUUUUCGCCCUGUCGUAAGGGCAAGUACACACCUGAAUUCAUCUACUGAACACGACUUGAAGAUGCGGGCAGAUCAUCUUCGGGUUCUUCCUGCACCCGGAAACUCUUCCUCGAUCAUACAUACAAUGGUUCGGUCUGGUCAAAGACAUGGAAGUUCAAUUGACCGCUUUACCCCAGGAUCCAGAGCGCGAGCAGAACUUCAAGUGACGCAUUUACGAUCAACCGAACAGCUGUUCACGAGCACGCGAUUGACGUGGCUGCUCUGGACAAGCUUAUCGCCUAUCCCGCCAUGACACCCACGAAUCACGCUUCGCUGCUCGAUCUCAAGGAACGAGCGUUAGCUGGCGCAGCGAACAUACCACGUUAUAUGCCUUGUUAUGGAAUUCAUCCGAUGUCGGACAGCUGCCUGCGCGUGGCUGCUGUGCGGUUUUUCGAGGUCGCGUAUUGGAUGCUGCCGCUCUACUCUGCGUUGCAUUUCGUCCCGACCCUCGUCUUUCGCUGGGGAUCGUUCCGUGCCGAUCCCCUCAAGAUACUCACGCGCACGAGCAUUGGAAGCUUGAGGAGCUCGGCUUUCCUCGGUGCUUUCGUGAUCAUAUGUCAAGGUGUCAUAUGUGCCAAACACAAUCUAUUCGAGCUGUUGAACGCACAGAAGGAGCUACCGAUACCCAAGAAGAUUGUUGACUUGUUGAUCUCGCCAGGGAGCUGGUGGUUUGCAGGCCUUUGCACAGGACUCUCGCUCCUGAUCGAGGACGAGCGUCGUAGAGCCGAACUCGCACUGUACGUCUUGCCCAAGGGCCUGGAGGGUGCUUGGGUCUUCGCGCGGGGACGGGGACUUGUCGGACACACCGGGAAAUGGGGCGACAGUCUCCUGGCGAGCAUGGGGAUGGGCAUGGUCAUGACGAUUUAUCAGAAUCAUCCCGAGCAUCUUUCUGGGUUGAUCCGCAAGAUCUUGUACCAGUUCGUGGGCCCAAAUUGAAGCGAAGAGGCGGGGUGGUGCGAAGAUAGAGAGACCAGGGCGGGUCGCACAUCGUUCCGACAUCCGAAUUGGACAACAGCCCGUCCCUGUGCCUGAACUCAGCCGGGGAGCGAUUGUGAAUGCCGCUGCGAUACACAGAAGAUAGCAUUUGAACCGAGCUUGUGGUCAGUGCAACCGCUCGGGUUCGACCUAAUUGAGAGUCUUGUCGUUAUUUACAAGUCCAACUUGCACAAGAAACAUUGAGGUUUUGUCAGACUUCAUUUGGGGAUUGCGUCGUGUUCAAAGUUCCCAGUCAGACGAACCUUUGUCUGGUUCGGAUUCUGGUGCAGAGUUGGAUCUAUUUUUACUGAAUGAUGGAGAUUAGUGAUGGUGCACGGAUGCUCUGAAACAGCCUGAAUUCCUUGGACCUUGUACCUCGUACUCCCUGUUCAGGGCGGCCGGGCCUCUUUAUCGAUCGAAUGCAAGUCGGUGAACGUUUGCGCGAGCAUUGGUCUGAGUAAUAAGCAGCUCUUGCUCAAGCACGUUCCCGAUCAUUUUGAUGUGUUGCCCGAUCAAAUGCAAGUAAAAAACAUAGCUCCAUGGACUCCGGGGACCCAUACACGCUCCGCGCGGAGCUGGAAGAGGUCCGACUUGAAAAUAUUCUCCAAUCAGUCCUGUUUUGCAUGCGAUGCCUCCAAAUUCCCCCACGGACACCGUUCCUGGACUGUUUUGGCCGGGUCCCGGCAAUGAAUUGACGUUGCGCCCACUUGUCUCCGCACGACAUUUGUAGACCAUGGGUGGGAGUACGAACGCACGUUUGUGCAGAAUUCCCAAAUACCGACCUUGCCGAUAUGGCAUCUCCGCGUGGUGGACUCCUGACACCGCCCAUCAGGGAUCUCGAGCCGCCACUCGCGAACCCUUGAAAUAACCACUGAUGUCGGGGCCUCGACUUAUCUCAGCUGCCACCAGCCACUCUCUCAGAUCCUCCAGUAGAGAAGGCCCGCCUGUUGAUCUCCACGGCCAUGUCGACCGAGUCCACUUUCAAGCAACGUAUGAAGAGCGUGUCGCUCAUCCUCGCGUGUGGAACUGCUCUCUUUUCUGAUGGCUACGGAAAUGGUGUCAUUGGAAGUGUGAACACCCUCAUCAAACGUUCAUACCCUGGACAAGUCCCCGCCAACUACUCCACGACGCUGAGUAGUGUAGUCUUCGUGGGCAAUGUCCUCGGUAUGCUCGUCUUCGGUUACUUCUCCGACAAAAUUGGACGCAAGACCGGUAUGAUGGUCGCUGCGGGAUUGGUCGCAUUCUUCUCGGCGCUCUCCGCUGCCUCCUCCGGUGCUCACGGCAGCGUCCGUGGUCUCAUCUCCAUGCUCAUCGUCUGCCGGUUCUUCCUCGGUAUAGGCAUCGGUGCCGAAUACCCCACCGGUUCCGUCUCUGCCUCUGAGCAAACGGAGGGCAAGCACAUUGCCAAAAACGCGCAGCACCGGUGGUUUGCUCUCGCGACCAACUGUGCGAUCGAUACCGCAUUCUGUGUGGCCGCAUUCGUUCCCCUUGUCAUGUUCUGGAUCUUUGGCAACAAACACCUGCGCGCUGCCUGGCGUCUGUCGCUUGGUCUGGGAUUCUUCCCUGCUGCCGCUGUGUUUGUUUGGCGGUGGAGCAUGGAGGAGCCGGACCUGUACAAGAAGAACUCGAUGAAGCGUGUGACCGUCCCGUACAAGUUGGUCCUCAAAAGAUAUGGCAUGCAGUUGGCCGCUAUCAGUUUGACAUGGUUCAUCUAUGACUUCAUUACCUACCCCUUCGGCAUCUACUCGAGCCCCAUCGUCGACACGAUCACUGGCGGCGACUCCAGCUUGACCACCGUUUUCGGAUGGAAUGUCGUUAUCAACUUGUUCUACAUGCCUGGGACGAUCAUCGGCGCCUUUGUUGUCGACUAUCUUGGCCCGAAGUGGACCAUGAUCACGGGUCUACUAUUCCAGGCUCUCAUUGGCUUCAUCAUGAGCGGUGCCUACAACCAGCUUACCACUCACAUCGCCGGCUUUGCUGUUGUGUAUGGUAUCUUCCUGUCCUUCGGAGAGUUCGGGCCGGGUAAUAACCUCGGUCUUCUUGCCUCCAAGAGCAGCCCGACCGCUAUCCGUGGCCAAUUCUAUGGUGUCGCCGCCGCUAUCGGCAAAGUCGGCGCCUUUGUUGGAACAUGGGCUUUCCCUGCCAUGACUACCGCCUUCUCCAAGCGUGGUGUCUACGCGGGUGCCACUGGACCUUUCUGGGUUGGUAGCGGACUGGCCAUCUUCAGCGCCUUGAUCACCUACUUCUUCAUCAAACCUCUCGACCAUGAUGGCAUGGCUGCAGAGGAAGUCGCUUUCCGCGAAUAUCUUGAAGCUAAUGGCUUCGACACCAGCCUCAUGGGCAAUGGCGAAGAGCCUCUUGAGACUGAUUCGGUCCCGGCUAUUGACGAGAAGGAGGAGAAGGUUUCCGUCGGAUGUGGACCGGAGAGUUUGCACGUGACAUUUAACAUCCAAUUCAUGCGACGACAUCAUGCAGUCAUAAUUAUCUCUCUCUUCACGACAUCGUAUGGCUUUUUCUACUUCCUCUCCCGGACGCGUCAUGAAACAGUUGUAAAAUAUUCCUCAGCGGCCCCCAAGGGAUGGCAUAUCUUCGAGCCACCGGCAAGCCUUAUUGCGCGUCCUUUUGUGGCCGAACGAACGCUCUCCCAGACCCUGCCUUGCAUUGACUCGUGGGUGGCGCACGGCGUGGUAUGCGAUCAUACCUCCCAGGAGGGCGCCGGCGUGGAUAUCCUAUGGACGUGGGUCAACAGCUCCGAGCCGCUCCUGGCAGCCACCCGGCAGCGCAGCGUGGAGACGGGUCUCGCAAAGCACCGCGACGGUCCCGUAUACGGAUCGAAGAAGGGCGACUUUCUGGGCGCGAGGGAGUCGCAUUUCCGGUCGCACGGAGAGCUGCGCCAUUCGAUGCGGUCGGUGCUCACCUCGCUGGACCGCGGGUCGGUGCGAAACCUGCAUCUGUUGACCGCGGAUAUACCGUCGGAUAUCGCGGGGCUGCGGCUCGGCUCUACGCCAGACUGGCUCGAUCUCAGCGCGGGAGUGCGCGUGGUCCACCACUCGGACGUGUUUCGUGUGCCCGAACCAUCGCUUGGGAUUUGGGGCAAAGAGCGGAUGGCGCGCGCAUGGCGCGACGAGCAUGUCCCGUCGUUCAACAGUCUGGCUAUCGAAAGUCAAUUCGGGAAUAUGCCGAACUUGGGGAAAACGCUCUUCUAUCUCAACGACGACUGCUUCUUGCUGAAACCUAUCAGUCUGGCAGACUUCGAGACUGCGCUUUACGGGCCUGUCUUUCGCAUCCACUUCGGACUGAAAGUGGAAAGCCACGAUCCGAGUAAACGAUGGAAAGGGGGCGAUAAAGAGGGGGAGUGGCCUGCGCUGGAAUACAACCAGCGCUUUGGCGCCCGGCCUCGCCGCUACUUGCACCAUAUCGGCAAGACCGUAUCGGUACCCGUCAUGCGCGAGGUUGGUGCGAUCUGGGCGGAUGAACUUGCCGAGACCGCCCAGUCUCGGUUUCGAGGUCAUGGGCUGCAAGUAAACAUGCUCUAUCUGACGACGUGGUAUACCAUUGAAAAGCAUCGAGAAAGUCUGCUUUUCUCGCUCAUAAUCCUUCGUGCCGAUGCCAAUCGUGACGGGGUGUUUUCUCGCUUGGAAUGGUCGAACUUCAUUGCUACUCUGCAACCGAAUGGACUCGUUCCUGUCCGUUCAAGACGCAACAUCUCUCGGACUCCCCGAGAGACGAGUUACGAUUGGCUCUCCUCAGAUGGUUAUCCCCUGCUCCCUUCAGGCACUUGCACCAUCGACAUCGCACAAUGUUUCCCUUCGAGUCUGAGUCCGUUGAAGAUCUUCCAGCGCAUCGCAUUCGAGAUUCCCAUGUGUGGGGACUGCGUAAUUGCACAAAUGGUGGAUGUCAGGAAAUUGAACGCCUUUCUGCCACCGAACUCACUUGGAGAUGGCCUAUCGACUUUUUCGCCCAUUAUGGCCAAAAGCUGGCAGCAUCUACGGCCGCCGAAAGAUGUCGGCAGAGCGUUCGCUGUCGAGAAUAUCCAUCGUUACUCAUACGCUCUAGGAACAUCGCCGUUCGAAUUCAUCUCGAUCAGCAACCACAAAGAUGCAAACAAGCUUCCUCUACAGAACAGUUCCACUGCCUUUCUGGCCGUCAACGAUGAUGUUGUGGCUCCGUUUUAUCUGGAACAGGUUGAUCAACGGAUGCAGGCUUGGUUCGCCGCGAGAUGGGGUGCUGUUCGCGGUUGGUGGGAAAAGGCUGGGGUUUGAUGGUUGCUUGGAAUCUGUGCAUUUGACGCUUUGGGUUCGCCAGUAUAUCAGACCUACUUGGGGCUAUGGAAUACCACAAAGAGCGCCAGGUCGUGCCAGCGCGCUUUAUGAAACUGGUACCGUCAUAUCGCGGUUGCCGCCAGACACGAUUCGUGAGAUUGAUCAAAUUGGCAAACUUGAAGCGCCCGCUGGGCGCUGAAUUUGAAUGGUUUUUGCGGUUGAGCCCAGAUUUUCAGCUACUCGAGCACCGGGAUGGACGGGUUUCGUAGUUUUCCUUUUGCAGUGGUUUGUAGGCAGUGCGGCAGCUUGGUCUGAUGGCAGCACUGGAUCCGGGUAGCUCCGAGCCUCCGACGCGGCGCACUCCUGAAAUGAUGAUUUAUAAUAGAGCGACCGGCAUACUCUUCUUUCUGAGAUCUUGAUGUAUAUAAAUAACACUUUCUUUCUUGUCCUUGUUUCUCCCGUCGGCUCUUCUGCUCUCUCCCCUCAGUCGUUUCCGAAAGCUGUCACCGGCUGAUCAGGGCCUCCCCUUUCGCUUACAACAAUCCGGUUAUUUUAAAACCCACACCACCUGUCUUUCUCCCUCAUGCCGUCCACGACCUCCCUCGCUCUGAUUUCCCUGCUCGCGACGAGCGCCGCCGCUCAGACGAAGUACACGCUCAUGAAAGAGUAUGCCGGGUCGACAUUUUUCAAUGACUGGGACUUUUACGGCCACUUCGACAACCUGACGAACGGCGACACGAUCUUCGUCGACGCUGCGACUGCGACAUCCUCUAAGCUGGCGUACGUCGAUCCCUCGUCCAACCACGCGAUUAUCAAGGUGGACAACACCACCAACGUUCUGUUCAACGACAAGCGCAACACUGUUCGUAUCCAAUCGAAGGACUCGUUUAGUGUCGGGAGUGUUUGGAUCGCUGAUAUGUAUCAUGUCCCCUUCGGUUGCUCCGUCUGGCCUGCGUUCUGGUCUCAAGCGCCCGACUGGCCUGUUGGAGGUGAAAUCGACACAUUCGAGCACUGGAAUAUGGAGCUGCACAACCAAAUGACGCUGCACACUAACCCCGGCUGCACGCAAGUCAACGCGAUCCAGUCUUCGACCAUCGUCAACUCGACUGACUGCUCGUACCUGGCGAACUCGAACUCUGGGUGUGGUGUCAUGGACCCCAACGAUGCUAGUUACGGAGCGGCCUUCGCUGCUGCGCAGGGCGGUGUAUUUGUCACCGAGUUUGCGGAAUCAGGAAUCUCUGUCUGGUUCUUCCAGCGGAGUGCGAUUCCAACGUCCAUCUCCAGCAACGCGUCGUCCUUCUCGACCGCUGAUCUCGGGAAACCCGUGGCCAACUGGCCAACCGGCGGAUGCUCCAUCGACACGUUCUUCAAGCCCCAGCAUCUGAUCUUUGACAUCACGCUGUGCGGUGAUGCGGCUGGAGCCCCGGCAGUGUUCAACGCCACCUGCUCCGGGGUGUGCUACACUGACUACGUGGUCGGAAACGGGUCGGUUUACAACAACGCGUACUUUGAUGUCGCAUCUGUGCGUGUCUACAGCGCCCCCACGAACAACUCCAACGGCACGACCGUUAUCACUGGGUCGGGAAGCGGGAACAGUGCUGCUGUCUCCGCCAGUGUUGCAUCGUGGGUUUGGAGCGCUGUUGCGAUUGCUGGAACGCUCGCUUUGGCCAUUGUGGCAUAGACUCUCAGUGACCCAGACUAUCUCAUACCCAUAUUUGCGAUCUACGAAGGACUUCCUCCCCAAAAUGUUGAUUGGACUAAUAGACACUACACCGGACCAGGUUUUCC